UGACGUUCGACAACUGUCAAUGCAUGUGAUUGGGCUUGAGCCAUCCCUUCCGACUUUUUUGCUGCCAUCAGGUUUGCAUCCAGGCCUUCAGCUGCAUCACAACUGCAUAUACUGGUAGUUUUUCCCACCCUACGCUGGGCAGCUUCUUAACUUUCGAGCAGAGGUGUCAGGUCAGCUGACGAGUUCGGUGCCUUUGGCAUUCAGCCGGGACAAGCCAAGGCGUGCUGUGCAAGGAAAUAAACCCCUGGCUUCAAUCAAUUACAGCGAAUUCCAGUUGAACUGAGCGACGAGCGUGCCAGCCACACGUAUCCGAUCAACGCCUCCGGUGUUACGCAAUCCGGCUCAAGAUACAGUAGCUCGCUCGGUGUGAUCUCCCCUCUCGACAAAUUUUCUCAAUCUUCAAAGAUCUCGCUUUCCAAAUCUUGUCCGCUUCUUCACACCACCAGCACUGGCCCCCCCUCGGGUUCUAUCAACCUCAGGUCAAGGUAACUACUUCGCCGAAUGGCAAUCCCUGGCACAUGGGGGAUUGAAUAAUUGCGACAACGCCAUAUCGAUCGCUACCAGAUUUACGCGGCGACCGUCGAGAACAUUUCCUGCUCGCGUGGACACCGUGCUUGCCGCCAUAUAACCCAACGACGACAGGCUAUUUGUCGCUUAUCGGCCGUCUCUUGCUCCGAUGGAGGUACUAAGCAAGGCAUCUCGAGCGGCUACAUCCAAGACUGCGCAGCGGGCAUUUGUGAACGUGAGCCUUCUCGUAGGAACCUCGCUGUUUCUGUUGCCCUUUGCCGCUAUUGCGUCGAUACUCUUUUUUCGCAACUACCUGCCCGAUCAGGUGGUAGUGACCCCUGUACAUCUUCAAUAUGGAUCGGGGAUCAAUCCCUUCGGAUCGGCAAUCAUUCCAACGUCUGCCCUGAGGACGCAGCAGGAGUACGAUGUAACCGUCACACUAUCAAUGCCUCGCUCGCCCGCCAACACUCAUCGAGGCAACUUCAUGAUCGCCCUCUACCUCCUGGAUGCUGGCGCACUAUCGACAGGAAAUGACAACGUUCAACCCCAUAUCCCCCCUGAGCCUUACAGCCACUUCGACGGCAAAUCUGUUUUGUUUUCCUCGCGGCGUCCAGCCAUCGUUCCGUAUCAAGAUCCUCUAGUGUCGCUCGCGUCGCGCAUACUCUUCCUCGCCUACUAUGUUCUUUUUAUGGAGUCUCAGACAUGCGUGCUCACGGUGCCCAUGGCGGAGCGUGUGGAGUUGGCGAAAGGUUCCUCUUUGCCAGCCACUGCCUAUCUAGAGAUACAAGGAGGUCAGAGCAUCGAGACAUACUAUGCUUCAAUAACGUUGACGGCCCAGCUCCAAGGGUUGCGCUGGCUGAUGUACCAUUACCGCCUUGCAACUCUCACAACCGCUGUUCUGCUAUUCUGGGCGUCGGAGGUCAUAUUCAUGGCUGUGGCAUGGCUGGCGUGGUCGGGACUGUCGGCAUCAGGCUCAGGCUCUCGUAUUGGAGCCGCGAGACCGGCGGAGCAGAUGACUUCCAUGUCGCCGGGCCGAGUGAAGAAAGAAGAUGGCAGUGGGGUAGACGAGUUGUCGGAUGCACCACGGACAUUUCCCACAUAUGGGAACCAGGCGCCUUUGCGAUACGAACCCGAAAUCAAAGAGGAAGCACAGACAGGGCCCCGAAUGGAAGAUUUGGCCCCGCUUGGAGGCGAGGCCGACGAUGAGGAAGAGGACGACGGACGGGGUAGCUAUAGGGCCGACUCAGGAAUUGGAACGAGCUAUAGCGAUGGAGGUUCUAGCAGUGUCCGGCGCAGGUCAUCGCAGUAUCGUUAGGGUGUGGCGAUGUGUGUUUCCCUCCUUUAGGGCAAAGCGAUACGGACGAUGGCCCAGGGGCGAGGAAGAAUGUAAUUGUAGAGAUAGGUGAACGCUUUUGGCUGUGUAUGGAUGGCCCUCUCUUUUUGCUGUUGUAACGGAUCCUCAGUUCAAAGCUUUUGACCCACUGCUGAGUUGAGAUAGGAUUUCGUUUUGCUAUACAGUGGUUAGUCAGGUUUAAGUGUGACAGCAGGUGUUGCAGCUUUAGUUCUGGCUGGUUGGGAGGCAAGGCAUCUUAUUGCGUUUAAUGUCCUUAUCACCCUUUAGCGGAUAAGUAGGUGCUAGCUAGUACAGCAGGCAGUGUAGAGUUAAGGAUCUAAUAGAUGUUUGAAUGGUAUCAAUGUCUCUUUCUCUGUCUGGAGGGAGUCAUUGUUGCUGUUGUUAUGUGGGUUGAAGGCGUAGUGGCUGGUGGCAAUCAGUGUAAGGGAUCAUGUUA